UCUGACAGAUGGCUGUGCAAUUCAUUGGAAACCUUUAUUAUGCUUCCAUGUACUAGCUAGUGUACGCCUAUCAAUCAGACCCAUAUUGGACUUGCAUUACCAGCUUUAAGUUCUACUAAUGACCUGUGUGAUGAAAAAAAUGCCGUAGUAUCAUAACAUCAUCAAUAGUAACUGGAAUUCUAAAGAAAAGUUGGGUUUGCAUUUAAUUUUCAUACUGACAAACAAAAUUCUGCACCCCAAAAUGUGUGAUAGAGUAGUUCCUUAAAAAGAAAAAAAAAGUGAAAGAAAAGGUGUGUCUUGUUUGUGUUCAGAGAGUUGAAGAUGGAACUUUUUUCUGUUGAAGUGGCUCCAAUCUGUUGUUUUAUUUGAUAAAUGGAAUUUUUUGAAUGGCUUCAUUUUUCCACUUACUUUAACAUCUGCUUGAAACUGGCACGUGCCCAGAUGUUGGUGUUGAUGUUUGUUCCACUUUCACAAGUCCCAUUUGAAUGGGACUAGGACCUGUGUUCCUGUCCAGUGACAGUCUGGUUUGUAUAUGUGUUAGAAGGACUGAAGCCUAAUUUACUUUAACUUGUAACUUUACUUUACUGGUAACGUUUUGUUCCUACUUGUAUGUUUUUGCUAGUGGAGACUUUCCCUUGGGUUUUGCAACUUUGGAACAAAUGAUUUUAUGUCUGUUUUUUAGAAAUGUGAUGAAUUUUAUAACACUUGCAACCUCCUGCACUUUUUUCCUCCUUUUGUGUCUCCUUGCAUAGCUGCUGUUCCUUUACAGUGCCCUGAAUCCUAGUAUCACUUAGUCUUUUCUUUUUUUGGUCAUGGAGAAUAGAAGUUUUGUAUUUAUAUUACGCAGUUCUUUGUUUCUUGAAUGUCACUAAGUAGCCAGAAAGGAAUACUAAAUAGUGCCUGCUUGAAUAUGGACUUUCUUGCCCUUUGGAAGAUUUUAUAAAUGUGUCUGUGAUCACUACUUUGUUUUAAAUAACAGAGAUUUUGGAAAUAGUUUUGCUUUCUUCACCCCUACACACUGUGUCUUUCUUUCAGUUUUGCUUUUUGUGUUUUUUCCCAUGAGGGCAUUGCUAAACUGUUAUGGAAUGUCUCAUCUGAAGUUGGACGUUCUAGCAUGAGAUUAGUCUCCAGAAAAGAAAAAAAAAAGUUUAUUUCAGUAGGUGAAAAUCAGAGGAAAUAGCUGCUGAUAUAGGAAAACUGUACUUAAAGGACAUUUCUGAAAGAAAACUUUUAAGAUGUGCUGAAGAGCCUGUAUUUUCCCCUGUGUGGUAUAUAGUGCCUUAAAAAAUGGGGUUUGGAGGUGACCUGAAGUAUUCUCAUGAUGCUUUAUUAAAACUGCAAGACUGGGAACUACGGCUGCUGGAAACAGUGAAGAAAUUUAUGGUAAUGAGAGUAAAAAGUGAUAAAGAAUAUGCAUCCACUUUACAGAAUCUUUGUAACCAAGUAGAUAAAGAGAGUGCUUGUCAAUUGGAUUAUAUCAGCAACGUGUCCAAGUCUUGGUUGCUCGUGGUACAGCAAACAGAACAGCUGAGCAAAAUAAUGAAGACACAUGCAGAGGAUCUUAAUUCUGGGCCCUUGCACAGGCUUACAAUGAUGAUCAAAGAUAAGCAGCAAGUUAAGAAGAGUUUUGUAGGUGUUCAUCAACAAAUUGAAGCAGAGAUGUACAAGGUCACAAAGACAGAACUAGAGAAACUUAAAUCUAGCUACAGGCAACUAAUAAAAGAAGUAAAUUCUGCCAAAGAAAAGUAUAAAGAAGCUGUGGCGAAAGGAAGGGAGACAGAGAAAGCCAAAGAUCGGUGUGAAAAAGCCACUAUGAAACUUCAUAUGUUGCAUAACCAGUAUGUGUUGGCACUGAAAGGAGCACAAUUACACCAGCACCAAUAUUAUGAUACUACACUUCCUCUGUUACUUGACUCACUACAGAAGAUGCAAGAAGAAAUGAUUAAAGCCCUAAAAGGGAUCUUGGAUGAGUAUAGUGAGAUCACUAGCCUUGUAACAGAGGAGAUUGUGAAUGUUCAUAAAGAGAUCCAAACCUCGGUGGAACAAAUAGACCCUAACUCUGAGUAUAAUGACUUCAUAGAUACUCACAGGUCAUCAGAAGUUGUUGAACAAGAAAUAGAGUUUGAUACAUCAUUACUAGAAGAAAAUGAAAACCUUCAAGCUAAUGAGAUAAUGUGGAAUAAUUUAACAGCAGAAAGUUUGCAAGUCAUGUUAAAAACAGUAAUAGAAGAACUGAUGCAGACACAACAAACCCUUUUGAGCAAAGAGGAACUUGUUUUGGAGCUAGAGAAAAAAAUAGAAGAGUCGUCUAAGACAUGUGAAAAGAAAUCUGAUGUUGUGCUCUUGUUGAGCCAAAAGCAAGCACUUGAAGAACUUAAGCAAACAGUACAGCAAUUAAGAUGUUCUGAGGCAAAAUUUGCAGCCCAGAAAGAACUACUGGAACAAAAGGUUCAAGAGAAUGAUGGGAAAGAGCCACCACCUGUAGUGAAUUACGAAGAAGAUGCCAGAUCAGUGACUUCUAUGGACAAGAAGGAUAAAGUCUCAAGAUUUGACACUAUACGUCAUUCCAUAGCUGGAAUCAUAAGGUCUCCAAAAUCCAUGUUGGGUUCAUCAUCGUUCUUUGAUGUAAUCUCAACCACUGAGAAACCAUUGGCUGAGCAAGACUGGUAUCAUGGUGCAAUUCCAAGAAUAGAAGCCCAGGAGCUGUUAAAACAGCAAGGAGACUUCUUGGUGCGAGAGAGCCACGGGAAACCUGGUGAAUAUGUCCUUUCUGUGUUUUCAGAUGGACAACGGAGACACUUUAUCAUACAAUAUGCUGAUAAUCAAUAUCGUUUUGAAGGAACUGGUUUUCCAACUAUUCCUCAGCUCAUAGAACAUCAUUACACAACAAAGCAGGUUAUUACAAAGAAGUCGGGUGUUGUUCUGCUUAAUCCUGUUGUUAAGGAUAAGAAAUGGGUUCUCAAUCAUGAAGAUGUCACACUGGGGGAACUACUGGGCAAAGGUAAUUUUGGUGAGGUGUAUAAAGGAACAUUAAAGGAUAAAACUACUGUUGCUGUAAAAACUUGCAAAGAAGAUCUUCCUCAGGAACUGAAAAUAAAAUUUCUGUCAGAAGCCAGAAUACUCAAACAGUAUGAUCAUCCUAAUAUUGUAAAACUUAUAGGAGUUUGCACUCAACGACAGCCUAUAUAUAUCGUUAUGGAACUUGUUCCAGGCGGUGAUUUCCUGUCAUUCCUAAGAAAAAAGAAGGAUGAACUGAAAACCAAACAGUUGGUGAAAUUUUCAUUAGAUGCUGCCUCUGGUAUGGCAUAUCUUGAAUCUAAAAACUGUAUACAUAGAGACCUGGCUGCAAGGAACUGCUUGGUAGGUGAAAGCAACAUUUUGAAAAUAAGCGAUUUUGGGAUGUCCCGACAAGAGGAUGAUGGUGUGUACUCAUCAUCAGGCCUAAAGCAGAUUCCAAUCAAGUGGACUGCUCCAGAAGCUCUGAACUAUGGGAGAUACACAUCUGAGAGUGAUGUAUGGAGCUUUGGAAUACUUUUGUGGGAAACCUUCAGUUUAGGAGUAUGCCCAUACCCUGGAAUGACCAACCAACAAGCACGAGAGCAAGUUGAAAAAGGCUACCGAAUGUCUGCACCACAAAAAUGUCCAGAAGAAAUAUAUAAAAUAAUGCAGAGAUGCUGGGACUACAAACCUGAAAACCGGCCAAAAUUCAGUGAGAUUCAGAAAGAGUUGUCUUCAAUCAAAAAGAAAGUGACGUAGUGAUGACAAAGUGCCAAACUCAAUGUCUGGGACUUUAUUUUCCAGUGAAUAAUUGUUUCCCUCAAACACUAUGCAUUUAUACAGCAUUAUUUGCAAUAUUCUUCUAGGAUUACUUUGAAAUUAACUGAUGUUCCAUCGUUAAUGAUGUCUACACCUGCAUUAAAGAUAUAUACUGCGAAAUGCUAUAUAUCCAGUCACAGUAGUACUGUAAUUGAGGUUACAUGUACAUAGGAAAGCACAUACUAUAAAUUUAAGGGACUGUGGCUUCUAUCUGUUUCACAGCAAAUAACUGCUAGUGACAUUUUUCAGAGGUAUUCUACUUUAAACUGUGCUCUCACUCUGCUAUCCCUGUCCUGUAUGGCAGCAUAUUAAUGUGGGGAUUGUCAUACAUGAUGGCCUUAAAACUGAGGACAGUUUUGACAAGUAUUUCUACUAGAAGCUUUUUUUUUAAAAAAUCCUAUCUGCAUCUGAUAUAUUUAGGUGAUACUGUGUUUUAAGCAUGAAGCUCAGUUAGAUUCUGGAUGCAAACAUGCUUACUGAAUGGAAAACUCCAGAAAAUUUUGGUAGUUGAAUUAUUUGUGCAUUUAUUACCAUACAAUAGAAAUACUUCUGACUUUUUAUGUGAUCUACUUAAAUCAUGCCUUUUUUGUCCUUCAAUGCCAUCAGAAUUCAGUAGUAUGUUUCUUUUAUGGUGACCUAUGUUUAUUGUAGAAAAAAAAGACCAAUAUAAAGUCUUGACUGCCUAUGUUAAGAAAUAGUGCAAACUAUCUGUCUUCCAAAUAAUAUGUGAAUGUAGUAAGCCAAGAAAAAGAGGUUUAUUAAUGAUAGCAGCAGAUAACAAAUAUUCUUGAUAGUAGAGCAGCUAAAGAAUAUGUUGCUAGGUUUGCUUUUGACCCUGAUGUUUUUCCUUAAAUUCGUAAAAAUUCUCAGAAUGCAGCUGGAUGAAAAGUUUAUUCUGAACAGAAGAACAUUUCAUGCAUAAUGUCCAAAGGGAAAUACUACUUCUGUAUGGCAUGAGGAAGUUGCUCAAACAGCCAAAAGUAAAGAAGUGUGUUUAAAGCCUCUGACAGGGAACAGCAGAGUAGAAAUACUAACCUUCUAUUUUUUCUACAUUAUUGCAAUCAAGUAUCAAAAGACUGGGGAUAAACAAGGUUUAAAUGCACCAAGAAUAUAAACCUUGUGUUUGUAUAUAUAUACAUAUAAAUAUAUAUUAAAAAAAAAGCCAGAAUAAAAAUUUACUAGAUAGGAGAGGGAGGAAGUGCACCAUUUGUUACUUUGACUCUGAGUCCUCUUUGCAGCUGGAAUUGUUUUCUAGGGCUCUGCAUAGAAAUAGGAACAAGUUAUCAUGUCCCGGUCUGAGUUCCAGCAUUAAGGUGCUUAAAACAUUUCUAGGAAUUUACUAAAAUGUUCAGAUCAAGGGAUACCAGUUGCUGCUAAUGCAAGUAAGAAACAGGGAUUGUAAGUAACACAGCUUCUGGAAUGUUAAUUAGCCUUAUGUUGUAGUGUUACAGUGGAAUUGAGAUGUAGUGAAGUCAGUGGCUACAUUACAUUUUUAUUCCUGUUAGGAUGGCUUUUCUAUUGUCCACAUCAUCUUUUGCUCUCGAAAGUAUAUUUGCAGUAGUUCUGAGUGGUGGUUUAGGGCUAUGUGUGACCAAAAUGUGUGUAGUGUAGAAGAAUUUGUCUGUGACAUAGGAAUUAGUAUCUGACUACAACAGUGAAUGGUUGUGUGGGAGCACAUCGCCUGAAUUUGAGGUGGUUCUGUCAGUAUCCAGCUGUAAGGAAAGUGCUUCUUGCAUUUUGUUAAGUAAUUUUUUUUCCUUGGAGAGAAGGAAGUGAAUAUAUAUACACAUACUCAUGAAAGUGUAGUGCUUGGAAAACUUGGUGGCAUAAAUUAAAACUUCAUUGUAAGUGUACUGGUUAUAUUUACUUAGUUCUGUGCUUCAAGUAGCCCAGAGAUAUUUUUCAAGAGCAAUAGGAAAUGUUCUUGUUAGUUUGUAUGCUUCUAAGUAGUACACAGAGUCUGUGCCUUAAUUUGCUAGUAUGCUAAUGCAAGUGUACUAAGAUUUGAGAAAUGUUUCACAAUCAUUUGGGAAAAUCUGAGAUUCAUCCAACUGCAUUUCCUUACAUAUGCAUCCCUGAAGUCUGCAAGAAAGGAUAACAGUGUCAGCAUUCAUAGUUUUCUGGAGAGUUAAAUAUCCAGGGAGAUGGACUGUUUCUUGGCCACAUGCCCUCUUGACAGGAAGAAAUAGUGCUUUAUUCAGAUAAAAUAAAAUACUGUUUUAUUUGUCAUAAAUUAACCAGUCAGCAUCCUGACUCUCACAGAAAGAUAAAAACAGUACUAACAUUUUAUUAGGAAAUAGUUGACCUCCAUACAUAUAUAUCACACUUCUGUUUAAAUUUAAAGUCUUUUUAAAACGGGGGAUUUCUACAGCAUUAGAAAAAUUUGUUGCUAUUACUGAAGUAGGCACCAGUUCAGUUCAAAACUGGUGAUAUUUUGGGAGAAUACCAGAAUGGCUUUAUAGGUGUAGAAUAAAUUUCAUCACAGGUACAUGUCUUUUCAAUUAUUUAAACUUUUUGUAUCAUUAAUUUAACGGUUUGUGGCAGAAUUUGUUCAUCAUGUCUGACUUGUAAUUGUUGAAACUAUUCAAUUUAGGAAGUGGAAUCCAUACCCAUAGAUACUGUAGGCUUCUCACAGGAGCAUUCACAAGCAAGCCUGCCAUGCCAUGAAAUUAUGGCACUAAGAAAGCAAAGCUGCAGUAUCUCUCUCCAUGGCCUUUUGAUGACUUAAUCUUGUCAGGUUAAUCUUACCUGGUUAGACAGAUCCUGGUAAUUUGUCUCAUGUACUGUGUUUAUCAUAGAGAACUUAAAAAGAAGUUAAGCUUCUGCAAGCAUGGGUUUCAGGGUAGGUUGCUACACUGGCAGUGUCACAACCAGAGGGACCCUGAGGGAAUCCUGAAUUAUUUUACAUUGUUAAAUGUAGGAAACUCUGAAUACUGUUAUCCUCAGCUUGUAACAUGAGAGGGAAUUCAACAGGGUAUCUCUUAUUUUCUUAUUUUUCCUAGAAAUUGCAUUCAUUAUUUUAAGAAAAUUGCUCUGACAUUGAAAAGUGCAUCCUUAGUUUGUUUUUAGUGGAAAAUAAACACCUAUUAGCUUCCAAGUCCAGUCAUCAGUGAAACCAUAAGGUUUUCUAACCUUUGUUAUUUUAUGAAAAGUAAAAUAGUGAAAAGUAUUUUGUCUCGAAACAAACCUGGAAGCAAAAGGUGAUGUUGUAGAGUUAGCAUCCCACACAGGCAUUAUAUUUGAAGUGUGCAUUUUCAUUAGUUUCUGUGAAAACCAAUGAAGUAGCUUUUCAUUCAUCAACUACAGUUAUAUUGCAUUUCUUCUUAUGCCAUUUUGCAGAAUUGCCUAAAACUUUUUUGGAAAUUGCUAUUGGAAAGUGCAUCACCAGAAGGCCAUCAGUGAGAACUGCAGCUGGUAAAGCCCAUUCAUAAUGACAGGAAAGAGAAAACUGGUUAAGGAAAUAUUAGGUUAUUCAUACUGAAGUAUUUUUUCAUUCAUGUUUUUGACCACCUGUUAUGCUUACUUAAAUCCUACGAGCACAUAAAUUAAAAUUGACUAUGAAGUUACCCAUUUUUUGUCUCUUUAUAACUAUUUUGUUACCCUUUUUGUACCCAUUGUGAAGGUAAUAAAGAAAACAAGAAGGAAAAAAAACCCACAUGUUUUUGAGGUUGCAGUGUAACCAAAUCUCAGAAGCAUUUACAAAUGUCUCCCCUCCAAUUUUCUAAGAUGUUCUGCUGCACAGAUUUAAACAGUGGUUAAAUACUGGCCCUGUUUCCAGUAUUCUUGCUGUCAUAUCCUUUAAAUGUCAGUGCUCUUGACAGACUUGAGGGAGUGCAAUAUUUGAAGACCUAAGCUGGUGUGUAAAUGGUACCAUCAAACAUGGUAUUCAGCAGUUCUUAAAAUAGUUGAUUGUCACAAAUAAUAACUCGUUAUAAUGAUUAAAUAAAGAGAAAGUAGCUGAGAGAGUCCACUUUCUGUAACAACUGUCCUGUUUGUAGGCACUAGAAGGAAUUGUUUGUGCCAGUGCACUUGGAUUGUAACAUUUUUAUGGCUAAGCAUAAAAUAGUUUGCUAUUAAAGGAAGAGUUUACCUUUUUUUUUUUUUUUCCUAAAGCACAAAAGGCCUUCAGAUACUGUUGGAAGCUUUCUUCCUAGGCAAAUAAGGGAAGAAUACCCCUGCUACCAAUUAAGUUAUGCUUUUUAUUCUUCUUAGAAUGUUUUUCAUGCAGUCCUUCACUUCUAGUACUACAGGACCUCAAUUAGUAAUUAGAAGGUACAUGGCAAGUACAGGGCAAGUCCAGUAGUCCUGAAGUUCUAAACAACCUUGUGUUUUUAAGAGAUCUGCUCAAUUUGAAAUAUCAGCUCUAUUAAAAAUGUUUUAUUCCAGUUUCCUUUUGCAGAUUUGCUGAAAAACAAAACAAACAAAAAAGCAGUCCUUAAUCAUCAGGAAAAACUUACUAGGAGUAUGAAUCAACCUCAGGAGCCUAUUAAGUUUAUUGAAGAUUAACUAUUUCCUGGGGUAGCUUCCCAUUAUAAACAAAUAAAGUUUAAAGGUAAAAAGCUCCAAGUUGAAUGGAAGAAUCCUUUCACUUGUCACAUUAUGAACAGUCAAGUAUUACUACCAUUUCUUUUCUCACAUGCAUUGCAGAAUUGCCUGUUAGUGUGUUACUAAUACCCAACUUUAUUUUGCUGAGAUCUGCAAUUUCAAGGAAGGGAAGAUUCUCGCAUUGAAAAUUCCAGCAAGAUGGGCCUGGUAUCUUCACAUUCAGUUAUCAGAGUCAUUGUGUUAAUUAUAAUAAGUACCACAUAGAACAGGAGCUGGAAACCGCUGUCUUUAAACUGUCACAGUUUCAGCCCUAGAAUCCAACUUGAUUUUGCUUCUCUGUCAAAUAAGCAAAAGAAAUUUCUGUUUUCCAGCCUUACUACUACUCUAUAACACAGAAAGGUUCAGAGAUGUAUUUACUUUUCUCUCCCAGGGAAUGCUACCUCCACCAACAACCCUAAGUUACCAUUAUGUCCCUUUUGCUUUGAUGUAAAAAUUUCAGCUGGAAUAUAUGAUCAGGUAUAGAACUUGGGUGUUAACUCAGAGUUGUUUCAUUUUCAGACAGUUGUAUAUUGUUGACUGUUUCAGAGCACAUUUUCUCAGACAUGUAGGCAGGACUUAGAAUUUUCAGAUGGUUUAUUUGAGGCGGCAGGGGGAGAUGAAAGACUAAUUAGGUCACUAGCUACAAUGUUGUUUUGGAGGUGUAGCUAUGGAAGGGUAGUUCAUUUAGAGAUCUCAGAUCCAUAUGCCUUCUCCAUAUGAAAAAUUGUUAGGUAUAACUUUAAAAAAUGAAUGAAUGAAACCCUAAAUUAUAGUUGACUGAGGUCAUAAAUAGAAAACAUGGAAGAGUGUGAACUAGAUUUUUUUCUUCCUCUGUCUCCGAGAGUGGAACACCUUGUAAAUACAACUUGAGUUAAUUGAAUUAUUAUUUAUAGAUAAAUACAGCCUCUGAACCAGUAUGGUAACCUAGGAUUCACACUGACCAGAGAGCACUUGGAAAAAAUUCAGAUUUGCUACUCUUCAGAACUUUCAUCUAGUUUUAGAAACACAAAUAUUUAUAGAUAAGAACCUAAGUUUUGUGAACACUGUAAGUGAGCCAGCCAUUAAAACUCUUCAUCAAUAUAAGGCAAUUAGGCUUUUUAAAAGAAAGAUCAGAUCAGUGAUUCCCUGUGCAUUACAGGUGUUGAAAGUAUGAGCCAGAAAUCUCCAUUACUAAAAAAAAGGAUGCUCCGUACUCUUUUCAGUUAGCUCAGUCUUUCUUAACAUAUGAAGAAUUACGUCGUUACAUGCAAGUAAAAAUGCAAAAUUCUUGGAUUAAAUGUAAACAAUUGACUCUGAGUUGCCUCAAUCCUCAAAGAAUCUUUUCUGCUCUUUAAAGAGAGCUGCAGUAAUCUUACACUUCCAGCUGAGCUCUGCUGUAAUAAUUUGUAUUGUUGCAUCUCCCAAAUAUUUCCUAAUUCUGAAGGCUCCAUGUGCCACAGAGGGCACCCUUUCACCUACCGAAAGAAGUUAUCCUGGUGACAGAAAAGUCCAAAUACACUCCUGCUUUUGUUUAUUUCAGAAGUGCUGUGGUGAUGUUACACUUUGAUACCUAGGGCAAUGUGUUUGUAUGAAAAUGGAAGUAACCAUGAAUCCGAGUGAAGCACAUUGUUCAAAUCAUAUUUUUAAUGAAACUGCAGACUCUAACUGUAUCAUGAUUUGUCCACAUCAUAAAAUACGUCAGAGGAACAA